GGCGGGGAUGGCGCCGCCGAAGGGGCCAGCUCCGGCGGGGAUGGCGCCGCCGAAGGGGCCAGCUCCGGCGGGGAUGGCGCCGCCGAAGGGGCCUGCUCCGGCGGGGAUGGCGCCGCCGAAGGGGCCAGCUCCGGCGGGGAUGGCGCCGCCGAAGGGGCCUCCCCCCAGCGGCGUCGCGCCCGCCCCGGCCUCGGCCAACACGGCGGCGGCAGCCGGCGAGACGGCGGAGGCGGUGGCGAAGCGCGCCUUCCUCGCCCGCAGCGAUUCGAGCUCCGGGCCGCCGAAAGGGGUGCCGCCGCCGGCCGGCCAUCCUAGCGCGGCUGCGCCAGGGCAGGGCGCGCCGCCGUCCGAGUUUGUUCGACUCGCUCUCCGACGACCAGGUGCGGCAGCUGUGCAUGAGUGGCGACGCGCAGGACAUGAGCUACGCCAUGGACGAGAUGACCCGCCGGAACGACCUGAGGGGCAGCCAGGGGACGAGCAUCCCCACCGGCCGCCGCGUCUCGAUGCAGGGGCUGCAGGCGUUGUUCGAGGCAGGAAUGGCGCCCUAGCCAGACCUGGUGGCCGAAUGUACAUGUGGAGUAUUCCGAGGGAGAACGAGGAGCAGAGAUGAGAAGAAAGAGAUAGCGUGAUGCCCGAGUGCCGAGUGGUAAAAUGCAACUUUGGCAU